GGAUCCGACGCCGGACGCCCCGCGCUGCCACUGCCCCAGCUCCCCUGACUGUCGCCUGCGCUCCCGCCCCUGGCACGCGUCCCCAGCGCCCCGGGAUCGUUCCAGCGGCCCAGCGCGCCCCGGGAUCGUGCCGGCGGCCCCCGCGCCCCGAGAUCGAUCAGACCGCCCUGCGCGGCCCCCGCUGCCUCCCCGGAGCGCCGGCCCGUGCGCCCCGCUCGCUGCUCCCCGGCACUCUCGGGGGGCCCGCCCGCCCUGCACCCUGGAGCACCGGGCCGCAAGCCUCUGCCAACUCCUCUGGAUCUUCGCGGCCGUGGGCAGCGGCUGCAGUGCCUGUCCGCCCGAGGGAGGACCCGCACCGCUGUGUUUGCCCUGCAGCUCUGGUUCUGCUGCCCACCCCUUGGGUAACACGGGCACCCCGGGAACAUGGCAGACGAAGACCUCAUUUUCCGCCUGGAAGGUGUUGAUGGCGGCCAGACCCCCCGGGCUGGUCACGACGGCGAGUCCGAGGCCGACAGUGACGAUGAGGAAGGUUACUUCAUCUGCCCCAUCACUGAUGACCCCAGGUCACACCCGAAUGUCAAUUCCAAGGUUAAUAACUACUACAGCAACCUAACGAAGAGUGAGCAGUAUGGCUCCAGCGGGUCCCCCGCAAGCUCCUUCCAUUUUAAGGAAGCUUGGAAGCAUGCAAUCGAGAAGGCCAAACACAUGCCUGACCCCUGGGCUGAGUUCCACCUGGAGGAUAUAGCCACGGAAUGUGCCACGCGUCACAGGUACAAUGCUGUCACCGGGGAGUGGCUGGAAGAUGAAGUUCUGAUCAAGAUGGCGUCGCAGCCCUUCGGCCGUGGAGCGAUGAGGGAGUGCUUCAGGACGAAGAAGCUCUCCAACUUCCUGCACACUCAGCAGUGGAAGGGGGCCUCCAACUACGUGGCAAAGCACUACAUCGAGUCCGUGGACAGGGACGUGUACUUUGAGGAUGUGCGUCUACAGAUGGAGGCCAAGCUCUGGGGAGAGGAGUAUAAUCGGCACAAGCCCCCCAAGCAG